AUGGAAGACAAAGGACCAAUGAUAAUUGCAGUCUGUUGGACCUUCACGGUCUUGGCGCUUGUUUUUGUGAUAGCUCGCCUCUACGUCCGUGGUGCUGUCCAUCGUGCGCUUUUCAUCGACGACUACUUCAUCAUUCUAUCGAUUAUUUGCGCCAUUCUUUCCAACGUUUUCGUUACGAUGUCGGUAUACUGGGGCAAUGGUAAACACUUCGAUGUCUUGAACCUUGAAGAGAAAGAGAAUACCAUCAAGUGGAUGAUGGCCGCAUAUGUCCCCGGUAUCGAAACGCUCGGCUUCCCUAAACUAGCGGUCAUCGCUCUACUAGCUCGACUUCUCAUGCCUAGCAAAAUACACCUGGUAGUCUUGUGGACCAUGGGGAUUAUUUGCUGUCUGUCUCUCACGGCCAUGGUGACCACCUUGCUCUUGCAAUGCAGUCCCCCAAGGGCCCUCUGGACCCUGACAAUGCCAAGGGACUGUUUGGCACCAUAUAAACUGGAAGGGCUGGCGUUUUGGGCAAGCUCAUUUUCCGCGUUUCUGGACUUCUAUCUCGCUGUGUAUCCAGCCAUCACUCUUUGGAGACUUCUCAUGCCUUUGAAGAAGAAGCUGAUACUUAGUCUUGCACUUGGCAUGGGAGUGGUUUGCGGCGCUAUUGGUAUUGUCAAGGCAACAGGCGUUCCAACACUAGCCAGCCAAGACGUUAGCUACGAUUUAUGCGAUCCUUUGUAUUGGACGUCUGUCGAAGGCAACCUGAUCAUUAUAGCAGCCUGCAUACCAGUGCUCCAGCCCAUCCUUGAGAUGUUGAAGGGAAGAAAUAUUUGGAGCACCAAGAAAGGUACUGGUAAGCACCAGUACGAAGACUACAGCAAGCAGAGCGGGCAGCAGCAACCUGGCAUCGAGCUCAAAGAUAAGCCACGAAAGAAGGUUGAUGCUUAUGGUUUCACGAUCCAAGGGAAGGAAGGGAGUGAGGAAAACAUAGUCGAUGCCGACAAGAUAUCCCACACGGUUUCGUCUCGGCCAGAGAGUCCCAAGGAGGGCAUAGUGAGGACUGAUCAAGUUACUAUUGGCUCUGAUGGAGGAGAAGGAGGACCAACAUCAGCCGCUAAGAGAUGGGCUGCUGUAUAA